AUGGUGUCGCGGGAAGCAUCUAGGACUAAGAACUUGACAUCAAAAGUAGCUCCGCGACUGGAGGUUGUAGAACACAGCGCCAGAGUUCAAGCGACGCUGUACACGUGUAGCCUAUGGAGUGAUUACACCAAUAGGACGUUUAGUGCUCUGCGGGUCCAAUACAACAAUGCCUUUCGAGGACUGCUGGGGCUGCCCUGGCGCUGCAGCGCGUCGGGCAUGUUCGCCGACAGCGGCACGGACGGCUUCCACGCCGUGCUGCGCAAGCGCGUGGCGUCCCUGUGGGCGCGCGUGCAGGGCAGCCCUAACACUCUAUUAAAGGUGGUCGCCGAGAAGAUGGACAGUCCUAUGAUCACCCACUGGAUGUCCAUGCAUUGUCAAAAACCAGACAUGCCAGAUGGAAUCCUUGACAAAAUGAAGGAAGAGUUUAUGCGUUCUUUAAAAAAAACUGAUAGCGAAAGAGACCAAAUUCAAAAGAAAACUAUCCUGCAAAGAGAUUGCAGUGAGUGGAUAGAGCUGCGAAGGUCGUUACUCACUGCGUCGAAUUUCGGCCUCGUGAUAAAAAGAAAGCAACGCUCAAAAUGUGCCAACAUGGUCAAGAAGAUAAUAUAUGGUACAAAUUUGGAACAUGUUGCAUCUAUUAAACAUGGACUCAUUAAUGAACAAAGAGCAAGCAGGCAGCUGGCUCAACAAGAAUGUCUAAAUAUUAAGCCAUGUGGUCUAUUUAUUGACCAAGAGCUGCCGUUUCUAGGAGCCUCGCCCGAUGGUGUCUCAGGAGACACCAUUGUGGAACUGAAGUGCCCAAUAACCGCAAACAGAUUAGGGCUCGAAGAAGCUGUAAAGAAAAAAAAAGUAAAUUUUUGGACCAUUAAAAAGGAUGGUUCUUGGGACAUCAAUAAAAACCACAACUGGUAUUUCCAAGUGCAAGGACAGUUGCACGUGACACAAAAAAGUCAAUGUUUGUUUGCUGUUUGGUCAAGCGACAACGAGGCCCUAAAAACGGAACGUAUAACCAAGGACGAUGCAUUUUGGGAGAACAAAAUGAAGGAAAAAUUAGUCAAGUUCUACAUGGACUGUAUGUUGCCGGAAGUAGUCGACCCCAGGUUAACGCGGAAUAUACAAAUACGGGAACCGUUUAUCAAAGAGCCUACUGGUGGGGCUACCAAAGCAAAUGACCAGUGAAAUAACACUUAACUCGAUGCUGAUCUAAUAGCUACGGCUACUGAAGUCGUAGAGUAUGUACACCAGAAGACCGGUUAUACGCUGAGGGUGUUCCAGCUUCGAUCUCGCCACUACGUGCAUUUCAACUCUUUUGUGGUGCGCGUGCCGCGACUGCUACAACACGGGAAUAUGGAGUGCGCCGACUUCUGACCGAAGGGUGUCGUGUUUCGGAGGUUCCGGGGCAAACUGCCGAAUCCGACACAAGAUUAGACGAUUUAACGGAGCCACGCCGUUUUGUGUUGUGUUGUAAAUAGUAUCAAAUAUCAAACAUAUUCAGCAAAUAGGCCAAAAACUAAUAAAAGGUUGAAUAUAGAUUUUUUUAAUUCAUUAUAUGUCUAAUUUCAUUGCAGACCGUUCACCAAGACGUUCUACAUUACUAUAUUCCAACCGGUAGGAAUUUUGAUAAAUUUAGAGCAUACAGGGCUGCGAUACUAUACUAUAGAUUUCAGCUGUAUGUUGAAAAUAAAAUAAUUUGCAUAUAAAAAUAAAAUAAGUGAAU